AUGAAACAUUUUCUGGUUUCUUUAUGUCUCUUGGGAAUUUUUCUCCUUGCCUUGGCUAUGUGCACGUCAGAGUUUCAUCUUGAAGGAGAUUACGUGUUGGGUGGACUUUUUGAUAUUCAUCAUGACAGUGCCCCUGUUUAUCAUGACAGACCAGAAGCCAUCGACUGCUCCAGCAAACCCUUAAUUCAUUCAAGUUAUCGAAGGUUUCAGGUGAUGAGAUUCUCUGUAGAGGAAAUCAAUAACUCCACCAGCCUCCUGCCAAAUGUAUCUCUCGGCUAUGAGAUAUUUGACCACUGCUCAGAUACACACAAUUUCCCAGAUUUUUUCAACCUCAUCUCCACCAAUGGCUUGAUCCAACCUUAUGAUGAACCACACAAGAAUCUGUCUAAAGUGAUAGCACUGGUCGGCACUUACACAAGCCCUAAAGCCCUGACUGUAGCACCUCUCUUCAUGAUGAAUCUAAUUCCUAUGGUUGCUUAUGGAGCUGCUACUUCUGUCCUGUCAAGAAAACAGAAUUUUCCCUCAUUCCUACGUACAGUGCAUCCCAGUCAAAAUGUCAUGGAAGUGAUUGUUAAGCUUGUGCAGUACUUUAAUUGGCGCUGGGUUUCUUUCCUUUACAUUGAUGAUGACUAUGGCAAAGAUGGCCAGGACUUGUUCAUUAAGAGGAUUAAGGACACUGAGAUCUGCCUUGCAUACACCAAAAGCCUGAAUCAAUUUACAGAUCACUCUCAAAUAUUCAAACAGACAGAGGCACAUAAGAUAGGUGUCAUAAUUGUUUUUGCUCCUGAAUGGACUGCUGAGGCUCUAAUUGAGGCAGCAAUAAAACUAAAUGUCACCAACAAAGUGUGGAUUGCUGGAGAUGGAUGGUCCUUAAACAAGAAGCUCCCCAAGAAAAAAGGCAUCAGAAACAUUGGAACUGUACUCGGGGUGUCUCAACCAAGAAUGACAAUACCUGGUUUCACUGAUUUCAUUCAUUCUUCCAGAAGCCAAACUCAUUGUGAAAAGGCAGAACAAAACAUGCUUUGUAAUCAGGUUUACAACUGCAGCAGCCUGAGUGCAAAAGAUGUCAUCGCUGCAGACCCAUCUUUUAAUUUUCCUGUUCAUGCUGCUGUAUACGCCAUCGCUCAUGCCUUACACAAUGUCUUGCAAUGUGGAGCCGGCAGAUGUAAUACCAACAUUACAGUGUACCCACACAUGGUUCUAGCAGAGCUGAAGAAGUCAAAGUUCACACUUUUAAACCAGAAAAUUCAGUUUGAUGAGAAUGGUGACCCAAACUACGGAUCCUAUUCUGUAGUUUUCUGGAACCAAAGUGGUGAUGCAGAGGAGGUUGGCUUUUAUAAUUUUCACCCACCGUUUGAUUUCUUCAUCAACGACAGUAAAAUUCAGUGGCACACAAAGGGAGAAGUGCCUUCUUCACUGUGUUCGCAAGAAUGUCCUUCAGGAUUUUACAGAAAGUAUAACGGACUCCACAAAUGCUGUUUCAACUGUGAAAAGUGUCAAAAUGGAACUUAUGUCAAUAGCACAGAUGAUCCCUACAAGUGUAUCAAGUGUAAGGAGACAGAAUGGUCUGCAGUAGGAAGUACAUCCUGCAGUCUGCGGGAGGUGGAGUACGUCCCAUUCACAGACGGUGGGGCUAUACUGAUCAUGGUCGGGGCCUGUGCGUUGGUGGGCCUCUCACUAGCCAUGUCCGCUCUGUUUGCCAUCAACUACAACACACCUGUUGUCAGAUCUGCUGGGGGACCAAUGUGCUUCUUAAUUUUAGGCUGCCUCAGUCUGUGUAGUCUUAGUGUGUUCUUUUACUUUGGUAAGCCAACAACUUCAUCUUGUAUCUUAAGGUUCUUACCAUUUCUCUUGUUCUACACUGUUUGUCUCGCAUGCUUUGUUGUGCGCUCUUUUCAGAUUGUUUGCAUUUUUAAAAUAGCUGCCAAGUUCAAAAUGGUCAGCAGAUGGUGGAUGAAAUAUCACGGACAAUGGCUGAUCAUCUCUAUGGCAUUUGUUACUCAGGCACUCUUACUUAUAAUUAGCAAUGCUUGUGCACCCCCCAAACCCUACAAUGAAACAAUGUGGUACCCAGACAAAAUCAUUCUUGGUUGUGACAUUAAUUUCAAAACAUCCUCAGGUGCUUUGGUUUUACUUUUAUCUUUGUGUUUCCUUUGCUUUAUUUUCUCCUACAUGGGAAAAGACCUCCCAAAAAAUUACAAUGAGGCCAAAGCAAUAACCUUCUGCCUGCUCCUGCUGAUCCUCACCUGGAUCAUCUUUGCAACUGUGAACAUACUUUACCGUGGCAAACACAUCCUAACACUUAAUGCUCUGGCAGUACUCGCCAGUCUUUACUGCUUUCUGUUGUUUUAUUUCCUCCCAAAAUGUUGCAUCAUCCUUUUUCAAUCGCACAAAAACACACAAGAGUACUUCCAAGGUCUCAUUCAGAGUUAUACCAAAACAAUCAGCCAGUAG